AUGCUACGGGGCAAUUCAGGAGACCUCUCAGGUCAGCCACAAUCCGUUUCUUCCCGACCAAGUAUUUCAGACCUCUAUAGAGCAACCCCAGGGAGUGCAGGACUGGACCUCUGUGCCACCACCUACACAGUAUUAACCCCAGAAAUGGGAAUGCAAGCCCUUCCUACUGGAAUUUUUGGGCCUUUGCCUCCCGGCAGUGUAGGAUUAUUAUUAGGGCGUAGCAGUACAACUAUGAAAGGGCUACUUGUUGCUCCAGGAGUAAUCGACUCUGAUUUUGAAGGAGAGAUCAAGGUAAUGGCUCACUCUCCUCGAAUGAUAACGGCCAUUCCUGCAGGCCAACGUAUUGCUCAAUUAAUCUUGUUACCUACUCUUACUGUUGGAAAGAACAAGUCUAAUUUUAAGAGAGGCACUGCAGGCUUUGGUUCCUCUGAUGCUUAUUGGGUUCAACAGAUAAGCAAUCAGAGACCUGAGUUAACCUUAGAGAUUCAAGGCAAAAAAUUUAAAGGCAUUCUAGAUACUGGAGCAGAUAUUUCUGUAAUUGCUGCUUCCCACUGGCCUGAACACUGGCCAAAGCAAGUUGCUCUCUCUAUGUUACAAGGAAUUGGUCAGUCUCAUAAUCCAGAACAAAGUUCCGCUUUUCUUUCCUGGAAAGAUGAGGAAGGACAUUCUGGGAUAUUUCAGCCAUAUAUCCUUCCAAAUUUACCUGUUAAUCUAUGGGGAAGAGAUAUCAUGUCAAAUAUGGGAGUAUUUUUGUAUAGUCCUAAUCCUACGAUUUCUCACCAAUUGAUGUCACAAGGACUAUACCCAAAUCAAGGUUUAGGAAAGCAUAACCAAGGAAUUAUUCAACCCCUACAGGUUAUAGGAAAAAGAGAUAGAAAAGGUUUAGGGCAUUUUUAA